AUGACAAGCGCCAACCCCGUGCUCGAGCGCCUGAUCGAGGAGGCCAAGGCCAACGAGGACAAGCAGCCGAAGGAGAAGGAGCGCAAGGCCGACUACCAUGGCGAGGGCGAUGAUGAUGAAGAAGAAGAAGAACUGGAAAAAUCGCCAGAGCCCGAGGAAGCUAGCGAGGACCGCGGCGGUGGCCGGCGCAAGAGAAGUCUGCUGUCGGUGGAAGAGGAAACAACCGAGGCGGCCUCGUCGCCAGUGGCGCCGCAGCGGAGCAGAAGAUAA